AUGAUGAUGAGCUUGAGGAACAGAACCGACAUCAGCCCUCGAGCUCGGCGGAAACGAUACAUCGCCAACAGAGACAUGAGGGUUUUACUGGAUUAUCACAACCGCGUGCGCAUUCAGGUGUUCCCACCUGCAUCCAAUAUGGAAUAUAUGAUUCUCUGCGUAAGCAUGCUCAGAGGCCCAUGGUAUGAUGACAGACACUCUUUCUCCUACCCCAGUAGAUGCACUGGCUCUGUCUGUUCACACUACACCCAGAUGGUGUGGGCCACCAGCUGUAAGAUUGGCUGUGUUAUCAGCACGUGUUCAAACAUGUACGUGUUCGGGAGCACAUGGAAACAGGCCACCCUACUGGUUUGCAACUAUUCUAUAAAGUGAGAAAAAUUUAACAACAAGAGGCUCCAUAAGACAGGAAAACCAUGUUCUGCCUGUCCUUCUAGCUAUGGAGGCUCAUGCAAUAAAAACCAAUGUGACUCCAGAUCAAGAAUGAAUGGUUUCAGACACUUCUAA